AUGACUGAAACACAUGGACAAGCUUUCCACCGCGCUGGCUUCUCGCCGCCCGCCAACGCCGGCUCUUUCUCUGCUAUGAUGGCAGCACAACAAGCUGCUCAGCUGCUCGCCAAUGGCAGUGCUAUCCACCCCUCCACUUCGCCUUCCACUUCGUUCUCGCCCACUCGCGCUCGUGCUGCUUCACAGUCUGUGCCUCUCUCGGCACCGCGUCUCUUGACUCCCUUUGACACGGGUGACAUCAAGAUUCUCUUGCUCGAAAACGUCUCCCAGGGUGCUGUCAAGAUGCUCAAAGAGCAAGGAUAUCAGGUCGACUUCAACACAAAGGCUUGGAGCGAAGAGGAGCUCAUCCAGAACAUUGGACAAUAUCACGCCAUCGGUAUUCGCAGCAAGACCAAGCUCACAGACAAAGUCUUCCGCGCCGCUCACAAGUUGCUCGUUGUCGGUUGCUUCUGUAUCGGUACCAACCAGGUCGACCUCGAAGCUGCUGCCAAGGCCGGUGUUGCUGUUUUCAACUCUCCCUUCGCCAACUCGCGCUCGGUUGCUGAGUUGGUCAUCGGUGAGAUGAUCAGCCUUUCGCGUCAACUUUGUGACCGUGUCAACGAAAUGCGUGCUGGAACCUGGAACAAGGUCUCCAAGGGAUGCUACGAGGUGCGAGGCAAGGUUCUUGGUAUUGUGGGAUAUGGACACAUCGGAUCGCAACUUUCCGUCCUUGCCGAGGCAAUGGGUAUGCACGUCAUUUACUACGAUGUCGUUCCUCUCAUGCCUCUCGGUUCCGCCAGGCAAGUGCCCACUCUCAACGAGCUUCUCGGAUCCGCCGACUUUGUCUCGUUGCACGUCCCCGAGCUUGCCGAGACCAAGAACAUGAUCCGCGCCGAGCAGAUCAAGGCGAUGAAGAAGGGCUCCUACCUCAUCAACAAUGCACGAGGAAGCGUCGUCGACAUCCCUGCUCUCGUCGAAGGUCUCAAAUCUGGUCACCUCGCUGGCGCAGCCGUCGAUGUCUUCCCCAAAGAACCCGCCGCUUCUGGACCUGGCACCUUCUCCAACGAACUCAACAGCUGGGCUUCGGAACUCUACCAACUCCCCAACGUCAUGCUCACCCCUCACAUUGGCGGCUCCACCGAAGAAGCACAACGCAUGAUCGGUAUCGAAGUUUCCGACGCUUUGAUCCGAUACAUCAAUGUCGGUGGCUCGAUCGGUGCAGUCAACUUCCCAGAAGUCGAUCUGCGUGCAAUUACCGAAGCCGACUCCAGAGUCAUUCGUAUCUGCUACGUCCAUCAGAACCAGCCUGGCUCGUUGCGUGCAGUCAACGAGAUCUUGGGAUCGUUCAACGUCGACAAGCAGCAUUCGGAUUCGCAUAAGGAUGUGGCUUACUUGAUGGCAGAUAUCUCGGGCGUGUCCGAGAAUGACGUUCGUGAGAUCUACGAUCGUAUUUCCAAGACAAAUGCUAACAUUCUUACUCGUUUGCUGUCGUAA